AUGAAUGAGUUUUUUGUAUUCAAUCCAUCAACCAGGAAGUCAAGAAAGAUACCUAGUGCCCCUGCUGAAUUUCCUCAUUCUUUUCAGAGGACUGAGACUUCCCUUUGUGGCUUUGGAUAUGAUUCUGUGAAUGACGAUUACAAGAUUGUCAAGAUUGCUGAAUGUUAUUUUCAGUUUCAUGGCAAAAUGGUCAUUGUCUACAGCCUCAAAACCAAUUCUUGGAAACAUAUUUUGAAUGUUCCAGCUCAUACCACGCGUUUCUUUGGCGAUUGGGGAAUGUCUGCAAGUGGAGCUUUGCAUUGGUUGGCCAUCGAUAAUCCAAUUAAUGGCUCCCACAUUAUUGUUGGUUUUGAUCUUGGGCUUGAACAGUUUAAAAAGCUCCCUGCUCCUGCUCUUGAGGGCCCUAUUAAUACCAGGUGUGUGGUUUCUGUUGGAAGUUCCCUUUGGAUUCUUGAUGAGUACCCUGAUUCUCAUAGAGAUAUGUGGGAAAAUGUUGAAAAAUGUGAGGAUUCGCGGGCCCACGGAUAA